GUACUGGUAGACACUUAAUGGAAUAUAAAAUUAGUUGAGUGAAAAAAGAGAACAGCGACCUCUUCUCUAUUUUCUCCCCUUAUGUCUUUCUCUCUAUCUCUCUUUCCCACACAGAGAGGAGACAAACACAGAUAUGUGUGAUGUUCAUAUAUCAAACACAAAUAAAACCACAAUAUAUAUACAGUUGAAAGAACUCCAUCUUCUUUUUUAAAAUACUAUAUUUUAUGUGUUAUUGUUAGCAAGCUAGUUUGAUUCUCUUUCCAGAAGGCGAUUGCAGGGACAGCACUCACUGCAAAGAGAUUAAAAAAACAAAAAAAAAAAAAAAAAAAGAAGAGGAGAGAAAGAGAGAGAUAGAGAAAAGACAGCCUCAGAAACAACAGAAAGCACAGAGAAAAUAGAGAGAGAGAGACUGUCAACACAGCUUUGGCUUUCAAAUCCCACGAAGAGAAAACGAUAUCUGAGUAACCCUUUGCACCCCUUUUCCGACCUCCUGCUAAAUUCUUAUGAGAUACAUGAAGAGAAAAGAUAUGAUGAAGAGGAACACAACGUUGCCAUGGGAAUAGCAACACAACUAACAACUAGUCCUUGCGUUACAUCUCAUAAUUCAAAGGGUCAUCAAUAUCCAGUAAUUCAUCAAGUCUCGGAAAACCUCAAUUCUAUGUCCCAAGACUAUCAUCAUCACAGUCUCUUCAGUUUCCCUAAUGGGUUCGAGAGGGAACAGCACCACCAGCAGCAGCAGCAACAGCAGCAGCAACACAUGGCCGGUCAACAGAUCCGUCGAGAUAAAUUGCGAGUGCAAGGAUUCGAACCUCAAUCAUUUGAAGAAGAAACUAGUGGUCUCCCAGCAGUUUAUGAGACCGCUGGAAUGUUAUCUGAAAUGUUUAAUUUCCCUCCUGGAGCAGCUGCACCCAACGCAACGGAAUUAAUUGAAACUCAAUUCAAUCCGAAUUUUAGACAACCGAACCCAAACCUGAAUCCACGGCCGCAGCAGAUUCAUGCUGCGGCCAUGGGAAACGAGUGGUUCGGGAACCGACAAGGGAUGUUAGUGGGUGGAGGUGCAAGUCAACAAUUGGGAUAUGCAAAAAAUCAUACUCCUAAUGCGGCGGAGUCCAUGCAACUCUUCCUAAUGAAUCCACAACCAAGGUCACCUUCGCCAUCUCCGGAUCCUAAUUCAACUUCUUCAAGGCUUCACAUGUUGUUACCCAACCCAUCAUCUACUUCAACACUCCAAGGGUUUCCCAAUCCGGCCGAAGGAUCCUUCGGUCAAUUCAUGACAUGGGGGAGUACCGGAGCAAGUGCCGCCACAGCAACACAUCAUCUCAAUAACCCGAAUGAAAUUGGAGGAGUAAACGUCGCAGAAAGUCAAGGUCUUUCUCUAUCCUUGUCAUCUUCGUUACAGCACAAGGCGGAGGAAUUACAGAUGAGUGGGGAAACUGGUGGUAUGUUGUUCUUCAAUCAAGGAGGACCUAGUACUUCCGGACAAUUCCGAUACAAGAAUUUGAAUAUGGGUGGCUCAGGAAUAAGUCCAAAUAUUCAUCAAGUCCAUGUUGGGUAUGGGUCAUCAUUAGGAGUUGUCAAUGUGUUGAGAAACUCAAGGUACGCGAAAGCUGCCCAAGAACUCCUUGAAGAAUUCUGCAGUGUUGGGAGAGGUAAAUUCAAGAAGAAUAACAACAAAGCAGCAGCCACGAACCCUAAUUCCUAUCCGAGUGGCGGCAACAGCGGUGGCAGUAACAAUGAAACUUCUUCAAAAGAUGUCCCUCCUUUGUCCGCUGCUGAUAGAAUUGAGCAUCAGAGGAGGAAGGUCAAACUUUUAUCUAUGCUUGAUGAGGUAGACAGGAGGUACAAUCAUUACUGCGAACAAAUGCAGAUGGUGGUAAAUUCAUUUGAUUUAGUGAUGGGUUUCGGCGCAGCAAUUCCCUACACAUCACUAGCACAAAAGGCAAUGUCUAGGCAUUUCCGGUGCUUGAAAGAUGCAAUAGCAACACAAUUGAAGCAUAGUUGUGAGUUGUUAGGUGAGAAAGAUGCAGGCACAUCAGGAUUGACUAAAGGAGAAACUCCUAGGCUUAAAAUGCUUGAACAAAGCUUGAGGCAACAAAGGGCGUUUCACCAAAUGGGAAUGAUGGAACAAGAAGCUUGGAGACCACAAAGAGGCUUACCUGAACGUUCUGUCAACAUUUUAAGAGCUUGGCUUUUUGAGCAUUUUCUACAUCCGUAUCCAAGCGAUGCUGAUAAACAUCUGUUGGCAAGGCAGACUGGUCUCUCCAGAAACCAGGUAUCAAACUGGUUCAUAAAUGCCAGGGUGCGGUUGUGGAAACCUAUGGUAGAAGAUAUGUAUCAACAAGAAGCCAAAGAAGAAGAAGAGGGUGCUGGUGAUGAAAAGAGCCAAAGCCAAAACAGUGGCAAUAACAUUAUUACCCAAACGCCUAAUAGCAUGAGUAACUCUUCUUCUACUAAUAUGACAACAAUAACAACAACAGCAGCAGCCCCUACAACUACGACAGCACUAGGUGCUGCAGAGACAGCAACAGCUGCCACUGCUAUAACUGUUACCUCAAGCAAAAGAUCCCUAAUCAAUGCCCCUGAUAGUGACCCUUCACUUGUGCCAAUCAAUUCUUUCUCCCAUAACCAAGCUACUUUUCCGACCAACAUUCAUGAUCCCGACGCCGCCGCGUGCCGUCGCGGCGGCGGCGACGGAACCACCACCAAUACUCAUGAUCAUAUGGGGUCCACCAUGAUAAGGUUUGGGACCACCGCAGGUGACGUGUCACUCACCUUAGGGUUACGCCAUGCAGGAAAUUUACCAGAGAAUACUCAUUUCUUUGGUUAAUAACUUAUACACUUUAUUACUAGCUACCUCAUGCUCAUAGUACAGUAAAUUAAUUAAAAAACUGAAUUUGCUUGAGCUCAUCAUAAUUUAUGCCUUGCUUUUUGUUAUAAAUAUUCCAUAAUUAGCUUUAUGUUAGCAAGUGCUUUGAGAUAUUUACUGUAAUUGUAUAGUUGUAGUAAGUAGUAGUACGACGACAUUAUUAAAUUUUCCCAACAGCUUUUUGUUUCUUUGUACUUAUAGUGUCUUGUACCUUCAUGAAAGCUGAUUUUGGACAAUAAAAAGAGUCUCAAUGAGACAGUAUUUUCAUA